CAGAUCCUCCGCUCCUCCUCAGCUGAACACACACAUCCAUUGUACACAAACGGGCAGGCGGCUCGCGCAUACACACGCACUCACACACUUACAGACACAUAUAUACACACACACGCACAGCAUCGAUCGUGGCUCCUUUAAGAAAGACUAAGCCAGAAUUAUCACCCCACCUCCUCUUGAUCUCCUCUAGACGCUUUUGCAUAAGAAAAUCAAGCCGGGAGCCGAGAGUGAUCAAAGAAAACGAGAGGAGAGCUGCUUCAUUUUUUAACUGUGAUUGCGACCAUUAACAUUGAGGUGGUGCCGAAUCCGUGGAGACGCGCGUCGGACCAUCAUUCAUCCGGUACUUUUGACAAGCUCUCGCGUUUUGACUGACAGGCGGAGUGUCAAAAAGCCAUGAGAGUCGCCAGUUUUGUUUGAAGGGCUGUUUGAUUUUUCUCCCCUGGUUUUGGAAGAGGAGAGCCCAGUGCCGCCGCUGCCCGGAGGAUAGCCGAGGACCUAUUUGCCGCGCCUGGGCUAAACUUGCGCAGAGAAGCGGGAGCUGGCUUCACCGUUCCGUGGAGAAAGGCAUACGGGAUUUUGGCUGAGACAUCUUCUCAUUUAUUUGGAUUUUCUUUCUUUAUUUUGUCUCCACCCUGGCCUCAGAGGGGAUUUACCACAACUGAAAGGACGAUCAGGGAGUGAGGAGGGUUAUGGCGCAACGGUACGAAGACUUGCCCCACUACGGGAUGGACGGUGUGGGCAUCCCGACCAGCAUGUACCCAGACCCGCACGGCGCCCGGUCCAUGCAGGCGGUGCACCUCAACCACGGCCCCCAGCUGCACUCCCACCAGUACCCGCACACCGCGCACACCAACACCAUGCCUCCCAGCAUGGGCUCCUCCGUUAACGACGCUCUCAAGAGAGAUAAAGACGCGAUAUACGGGCACCCCCUGUUCCCUUUGCUUGCACUGAUUUUUGAGAAAUGUGAAUUAGCGACUUGCACCCCCAGAGAGCCCGGGGUGGCGGGAGGAGACGUCUGUUCGUCGGAAUCUUUCAAUGAAGACAUAGCAGUGUUUGCAAAACAGAUUCGGGCAGAAAAGCCUUUAUUUUCAUCGAAUCCAGAGUUGGAUAAUCUGAUGAUCCAAGCCAUUCAAGUUUUACGGUUUCAUCUUCUGGAGCUGGAGAAGGUACACGAGCUGUGUGAUAAUUUCUGUCACCGGUACAUCAGCUGCUUGAAAGGAAAGAUGCCCAUCGACUUGGUCAUAGACGACAGAGAGGGCGGGUCCAAAUCAGACAGCGAGGAAAUCACAAGAUCGGUGGCCCUAGAUCAGACGUCCUGGAACAGAGACCAUGACGACACGGCGUCCACGCGCUCCGGAGGCACGCCGGGGCCGUCCAGCGGCGGCCACACGUCGCACAGCGGCGACAACAGCAGCGAACAAGGUGAUGGCCUGGACAACAGCGUGGCUUCGCCGAGCACAGGGGACGACGAUGACCCGGAUAAAGAAAAGAAACGCAACAAGAAGAGAGGGAUUUUCCCAAAGGUGGCCACCAACAUCAUGAGAGCGUGGCUCUUCCAGCACCUAACAGUGAGUUCGGACAAACUACGCCGGCGCUCUAUUGGUUUUCGUGUCACGUGCUCACACUGA